AUGGCCACUGACUUCCCACAUUCUCUUCUAUUACCCUUCCAAACCCAAAACCAUAACGUGCCAAUGGCCUCGUUCUCACAAUCUCCAGUCGUCUCUUCCCUCAAACCCAUAAAGAAGAGUUAUGCUCUUUCUCCAAAUCCCAAAAACUUCUUUACAUUUAAGAACUUCAAGGUCUCAUCCUCUAUAGGCCCCUCCAACCCAGAAUCUUCUCCAAAUUCUCAAGAAAACCCAUCGGAAUCCCCGCCCCGGGAUACAGACCCAGUUAAGCUCGCAUUUGCCAAAGCUAAGGCAUAUAAGAACUCCGUAAUUUUCAACAGCCCGCCUCCAAAUACUGUUCAAGAAUCGUUGAAUGAAGUUAACAGAAAGAACGAUAGGUUAGAAUCUGAUGAAAUUCAGGAUGAUACAGCAAAGGACUAUGAGAAUAAUAAAGGCGUUGUCGGAAUUGAAUCAACUAUUUCAAGAAUUGUUCAAAACCCUGUUACAGGAGAAAAAAAGAUUGAUGAUUCGGAUGAAAUUAAGGAUAUUGAUGGGGAGAAAGAGGUUCCAUUGGCUGUUAAACUUGCAUUGGAAAAAGCAAAGGAGUAUAAAAAGAACAAUGGUGUCACGGAUACUAGUGCUGUAAGAGUUGGGGGCAGUGAAACCUUAGAUUCAGGACUCAAGGGAAGGAAUGUGCAAAGUGUUGGAGAUAAGCAACCUAAAAAGAAUGCCAGUAAGGAGGAAUUGUCGAUUUCAAGUAUUGAUUUUGUGGGGCUUGAAUUCUCGGAUAAGAGGAAGAGCAGGGGGUUGCCUGCGGGUUUGGUUCCAAUGAUGGACACUUUUCCAGAAGGAGAUCUGCCUGAAGUAGAGAUACUCAUUGGAGAUAGUACUAAGUUUGGAGAUGCUGCAGCAGCAUCAAAGCCAAUGCCAACAAAAGAAGAUGAUGCUGAUCUCUAUAAGCCAAAGGUUUCCACAUGGGGACUUUUCCCAAGACCAAACAACAUUUCAAAAACAUUUGGUGGUGGAAGAAAUAUACGCCCAGGAGAGGCACUUGAAACAGCGGAGGAUAGGGCUGCUAAAGAAGCACGUACCAGGCAGUUGCUAGCUGCCUACAAGAGCAAAAUUGGCCUGCGUAUUGACCCAAAGUUAAAAAUUGAAUGCGAGGAGGCAUUGAAAGAUGGUGACUCCCUGAUGGAUCUUGGGAAACUCAAGGAAGCUUUACCCUUUUAUGAAGAAGUCAUGGAAAAGUUGGCAUUCCAGACUGAGCUUCAUGGAUUAGCAGCUUUGCAGUGGUCUAUAUGUCAGGACUCACUCAGCAGGCCCAGUGAAGCUCGUGUGAUGUAUGAGAAGCUUCAGUCUCACCCAAAUCCUCAAGUAAGCAAGAAGGCAAAACAAUUUAUAUUCGGCUUCCAGGCAAUGGAAAUGAUGAAGGUUAAAAGCUCUACACUUUCUCCUGCAAGCACCGGUUAUCAAAAAUUUUUUGAAGCAUUUGUUGAAAAGAAAACAAAUUAUCCAGUGCAAGAGGAUGAAUUAGCUGAAGGUGCAUUGAGCAGUACUGUCCCAUAUAUUAUUUUUCUUGUUUCUCCAAUAGUAAUCGUGAUACUAAUUGCUGCUUUAAGGAUCCAAUAA